AUGGAAGCAGCAGCGGAACGGAAUGAGAUGGAAGAGAUGGAUACGGAUGAUGUGGAUGUUCAGCCUGGCCUCUCUCAGGCUGAGAUGGAGUCGGGCCAUUCGGAGUUGAGGUUCAAGUGCUACGCGGAUCUGUUCAUGUGGCCGUCUCUGUUUCUGAGAAAGAUCCAAGCUGCUGCGCCUGAAAGGUUGCAGGUGUUUGAUGCAAAGCUACAGAAAGGGAUCCAGUUGAUUACCGACUACAGUGGCUUGGGGACUCCCGAAAUAUGCCUGCGUUUCUUGUGUGAAGCGUUCCGUGACCUUGUGGGAGGAUCCUCUAGUGCAACGGCGACAAGUGCACCUUUGACUUGUGCACGGGCAGCAGAUGUCGACAUGUACUGCAGGAGGAUGCUGAUGGCCCACGACGGACCAGCUGCUCCGGCUUGUGUCUUCGGUCAAUUCAGCGAGCGAUGUCCUGAUCACCUCGCGAAGAAGACUGCAAACUUGUUGGAAACUGUGCGGUCAUCGCUUCCCGAGAAGCCCAGCAAGGAAGCUCUUCUUUCAGCAGGUCAGGACUUCAUCCGAGCCGGCAUGCAGAUCAUGUUGUCUGACUUGACCGUGGAGUCGUGUUGGUGUCACAAGCACAAAAGGGCUUGUCCACCACUGCCCGCAGUUGCUGCAGGAUCUCUUUCAUUGGCAAUAGCAGGGGUGAGCUGCCUAGAUUGGAGCGCGAUGGGCAAUCAGAUGAUGUGGCUGGGCGAUACGGCCCUGCUCGUUGAAUGCACGGAGUCGAUUGAUGAUGCCCUCAUAUGCGAGCUCUUCCCCAAAUAUUCUCUCACCUCUUUUGAGCUGUGCCCUUCUUCGAUGGGUGUCCCCGCCAAGAGGCCAAGGAAAUACAUGGUGUUGCUUCGAGACGACAAAUUCGAAUGGGAAUGCGGAGAUCCAGUGUCGGCUUUCGAGGAGCUCUUUCACCAACCGGAUGAUGUUGACGUUGAUGCUGCCGAGUUUUGUUGUGCUUCCAAGGAAGCAGUCGAUGCUUGCAUCGCCAGAUUUGCUCGCCGCCGAGGCUUCCCAGACAAGGACCCGCGAGGAGAGACAUGGAAACUCAAACAUGUGAUGCCACAGAAGCUGUUAGACAACAUUCGUAAGUGGGAGGGGUCCGUGCGACAAAAGAGAGACGUGACGGAAGGCCAGCUUUGCACUGCCUUCAUGAACACAACACAGAAGGCAAGCCGAGGCAGUGCUUCACCCUUUUGUCCUGUCCUUAUCACUCGCUCACAGAUUUGGUCUUUCAAACACCAAAGGUACAUGCUGCUACAGGAGAUGGCAGAAGUUCAAGGCUUUGCAGUUGUGACGAAUACCCCAUUCCAGUGUCCUUUCCGUGACAUCAUACUGGACACAGAUGCGGCCGCCGAAGACGCGAUCCCAGAUGUGCAUGUACGGCGCAUGCUUGGAAAUGGCAUGUCUUUGCAAUGUGUUGGUGCCCUGCUUGCUUUCGUUCUGUGCUUUGCGGUUGAAAGUCAGCCAGCUCGGAAGAAGCGGCUCACGAACCGGGCCCGGAUUCGCCUGGUUUGA